AGCACCGUCCAGGAUUUGACAGUCCACCGUGCAACUGCUGAGGAUAUCCUGCGUCGCCAUGAAAUACACAAAUCGAAAAACAAAGCACUGGCGCAUUUGGAGCUGCAGGAGAAAGCACUGAAGAGAAAAUGGAAGAAGCAAAACCAACUGGCUGCUGAUUCCUUGGAGAAAAGGAAGUUGGCUCUGAUGCGUGAGAUUCUGUCUGAUCACUACAGUUUGCAAGAUGUAUUGGAACGAUCUGAUCAGGUUAUGGCUGUGGCAAAAGACUUGUUUGGGGAUAUUCCUCGCACACGAACAGGUAGACUAUCUCACUUAUAUGGGGCAGCCCUUAGUGAAGUAGAAGAGGAAGCAUUAUCAGUCAGUCAGUCUGAAGAUGGACACCAUGACUCUCUGAACUUCAAAUCCAGCAUCAAUUCUGACAGGCUACUUCGGUUACUGAGAGAAGAAAAUUCAUUGGUGAAUACUCGGUUGUGGACUGAAGAAGAUAUGAGAAAAACUACCUUAUCGCAGGAAUCAAAUGUGCCUUUGACUCCAACAAUGUUCUCUCCAUCAUUGGAUCACUCAGCCCUCAAUGCUACCAGUGUAGUCAAGAGAGUCCAUUCAAGGCUGCAGAAUGAAGAUGAAGAUGAGACUGUAGACUCUGCUUACACUGUGAGACAAGUGCUGAACCCGAACUCAAGGAGACAAAAGCAAAUUGCAGCAAAAAUGAAAAGAAAAACUGCACAGAACUCUGCCAGACAAAGGAGGGAUGAUUCUCCAGCUAAUUCAAUCCCCAUUGGCCUUCAGAGGGACAACAGAUCCAGCCUAGAUAUUCUCAACCGCAUGAUACGUGAAGUGGAGCAUGAAUUGGAAGAAUAUGAGCGAAGUACAGGUCGUGAGGUUCAAAAAAAUGAGAGAAGUGAAGGGCUCACUGGAUUUACCUUAUCGCUGGUGAACGCUCUCUGCCGUUUGAUGCGCUACCUCAAAGAGAGUGAAUUGCAGCUGCGUGAGAAAGAGCUGAUGAGACAGCAGCAUGAGGAGAUGUUGAAUGAGCACAGGGAACUGAUUGAUGCUCUAACUGCAGAAAUACUUCUAGUGAGGGAAGAAAACACUACUAUACAGAAGAAGCUUCAGCAAUACAUGACAGUAACAGAGGAGCAGCUGAUCUCUCUCACACAAGCAUUUAAAGGUCUCCCUUUGGUAGAACCUAGAAGAGAACAAAGUCCAAACCAUUUUGGAAUUGCAAGCAAAGGUCCAGUGAAUGGCCAAGAAAAACCUGAUUCGAGCUACUUUGAGCCUAGGGCUGAUGCAGGCAGCAGCAAAGGCAAUCUGCAAGUCCCACAGGAAGAACUUCAGUUCAAGUUUCUCCAGAGAUCAGGUGCUGUGGGAGCUGGUGGAAGCUUGCCAUCUCACAUCUUCCAGCCAGCUGUGCUGUUGUCACCCCCCCGGCAGAAGAGCAGUCAAGAGCUGUCUCCUCUCCAGAAGGUUUUUACAGCUGUUUCUCAGUCUCCUGAAAACACCGAAAGAGAACCGUGCAAGGAAAGGAGCUCACCUUCCUCACUGAGAACACAGAACACAACUGAAGAAAACUGUCCCAUCUCUCAAAGUCAACCAGUUACUCCUGCAGAUAAAGGCUUGGAGAGUUCCCACGAGCAAAUCAAUCUGUCCUGCCCAGGUGACACUAGAAAGAACAACACAGCUGAAGAGUUAUUUCAAAAUGGUGACCUGCUGGCACAGAUAGCAGAGCUCACACGGCAGAACUCUCUAGUUAAAGCUCAGCUGAACAGAUUGAGAGGCUUCUCUGAAGACACAAGUGACUGCCUACAUCAGCCAGACCCAAUACAAAGUGCAAAUCCAAGUCCAGACUCUUUGCAGCGACAGACUCGUCUGGUGGUAUCGAAGAGCUUGGAGGAAAGAAUAGCAGAGCUGAAUCAUCAGAGUACAGAAGCACGUGAUAAACUCUUGCAGCUAAUAGACCAACAGAAAUUAGCUGCUGCCAGUACGGUCCCUCCGAUAUCUCCUGUUCUGCCCCCAUCCCUAAAUUAUACUGAAAAUGCAAGGAGGACAAUUGAAGUGUCUAUUCCCACAGCAGUUGCUUCGAAAGAAGACAGUGUUUCCCCAGCCAGUAUGAGCAGUAUAAUAAGGUCUUUAGGAGACUCUAGCAAACCAUGUUCACCUCUAAGUGCCACAUCAGAAAGUGUGAAAUUGACUCCUGUCAGCCAAAGACCAAAGGUGGAAAAGCAAAAAGAAGAAGGCUGGUUUGCAUUGUCAAUGCACGUUACAUAA